CCCAACCCUCCUUCACGUUGGUUUGCGGCGCUCUUCAUGCACCACAGUAAUUCUGCUCAUUUUGCAGGCGCUGCUGAGGAAACACACACAGCUCUCCUCUUUCCCACCGUACAGCGCCAAUGUGCGGUGUGACGUCACUCCGCCCGAGAUGAGGGCGAUCACUCUCAGCAGCAUCUCCCACUAAUAUACGCUGUCUGUCUCCACUACAGCGCGUGACCAGCGCGAAUAACAACACUGCUGCUUGGAACGCGACUAGGCGACUGUAGCCCGUUUGUUGUCUUAAAUACAAACGAAAAGCUGUCAAAGGGAGACAUGGCUUGCUGAAAUCGCUUUAGUCAGCGCGGGGACAGCCCGGUCUUUCCAUUUCUACAGGACUGGAUGUCAGUUUACAGAGAAAAUGCUGAGGUUUUUUGUCUGUUUGUUUUGUUUGUUUAACUCUUAAUCGGGGUUAAUCUUAUCACAUCGUGUGCUUUUGUCGAACUUGGACUAGAAUAUUGCUGAAACACUGCCCAGGAUUAUUGGAUGUUGAUUUUCUCAGCACAAUGAGCGCAGUACCUCAUCAGCUGAGCUGUUAUGGCAGUGAGUGCAGUACUGGACCUAUCUGCUGCUUUCGCUGCAGAGAGGUGUGUAAAGGAGAGGUUGUGCGAGUGCAGAGCAUCCACUUCCAUGUUAAAUGUUUCACCUGCCAAGUGUGUGGCUGUAAUUUGGCUCGUUCCGGAUUUUUCCAGAAGAAGGGCGAGUACAUAUGCACAGCAGAUUACCAACGUCUGUAUGGCACAAAGUGUGACAGCUGUGGGGACUUCAUCACAGGCGAAGUGGUAUCAGCGCUGGGCCACACAUAUCACCCAAAGUGCUUUGUUUGCAGUGUCUGUAGAAAACCCUUUCCAAUUGGAGACAGAGUGACAUUCAGUGGUAAGGAGUGUGUGUGUCAACAGUGCUCCCUCAAGGUUGUUGCUUCAAGUGAGCCUAUUAGGAUUCAUGGACCCAGUCACUGUGCAGGCUGUAAAGAGGAAAUCAAGCAGGGCCAAUCUCUCCUGGCACUGGAGAAACAGUGGCACGUCAGCUGCUUUAAGUGCCAGACCUGCGGAAUUGUGCUCACUGGAGAGUACAUAAGCAAAGAUGGGAUCCCAUACUGUGAGUCAGAUUACCACACCCAGUUUGGAAUAAAAUGUGAGACCUGCAGCAGAUACAUCAGUGGACAAGUACUAGAGGCUGGAGGGAAGCACUAUCACCCUAUGUGUGCUCGCUGUGCACGGUGUCAGAUGAUGUUUACGGAAGGAGAGGAGAUGUACCUGACAGGUUCUGAAGUGUGGCAUCCUGCAUGUAAGCAGGCGGCACGAGUAGAGAGGAAGCUCAGAGUGAGGCGCAUGUCAGAGACAUCCAUCUCUCCCCCAGGUUCCAGCAUCAGUUCACCAAGCAGAGUCAUUUGUGCUAGAGUGGAGAAUGAGAUCCUAGAGUACAAAGAUCUGGCCGCAUUGCCUAAGGUUAAGGCCAUUUACGAUCUGCAGAGGCCUGAAUUCUUAUCCUAUGAGCCAUAUUACAGGUUCCACUCGGACGACAGGCUAGAGCGCCUCAGCUUCGGCGAGUCACUGGGGACACUAUCCCCUUAUUCUCAGGACAUGUAUGACAGUGUGGAUCUAAGGCAGCGGAGAUCCUCCAGUCCCGGCUAUAUUGAUUCUCCUACCUAUAGCAGACAAAGCAUGUCUCCUGUGCUGCCCCGGUCCCCACAGCACUACUACAGAUAUGGCACUGAAAGUGGCAGGAGCUCACCCUAUUAUCCACAGCUGGAGGGCAGGUCAAGUACACCCACUACAAAUCAAGCACCGAAGCAUUUCCAUGUGCCAGCAACAGGAGAGCCUAACAUCUACCGGAAGCCUCCCAUCUAUAAGAGACACGACAAUCAUGACGCAGCUACAAAGAGCAAGACCAGCGAAGAUAUCCUCCAGUCGUCUAGAUUCUCAACAGCUUACUCACCCGAGCACUACCAGCACUCCCAGUCUGAUUACUUCCAAAAUCCUGGCUCCCCUAAAUCUUUACGUAUUCCACGAAGAAGAUUCUCAUCAGGGGGAGAGGAAGAUGGGUGGAAUUUUGGUCUUCAAAGAAUACAGGGUGGGAUUGGCAGGAUGAUCCUAAAGGAAGAGAUGAAAGCCCGCUCUGGUUCUUAUGGCAACGAUCCCUGGGGCAGCACACGGAACUCCCGGGCUGGGAGCAAGGAGACUCUGCACACUGCCAGCUACAACAACAGCAUCAAUGGCACUUCACAGGCACUCUAUCCAUCUGAAACUGAGUAUAUAUCAAAAUCAGCCUCUUUACCAGGGUAUGGAAGAAAUGGACUACACAGGCAACAAAACACAGACUACUUCCAGUAUGACAGUGGCAAUGAGGUCAACUGGGGAAUCAGAGAGUACAAGGUUUACCCAUAUGAGGCACUAAUUGUGACCACCAGGGGGCGUAAUAGGCUGCCAAAAGACGUCGAUAGAGCAAGACUGGAAAGGCAUCUCUCUCCUGAGGAGUUUUACCAGGUCUUUGGUAUGACCAUGGCUGAAUUUGACCGACUGGCACUGUGGAAGAGGAAUGAGAUGAAGAAACAGGCUAGGCUAUUCUAAAUGUUCCUGCUCCCUACAGAAAUAAAUAGAGCCACCUGUCCAGAACCAGCUAAAAUGAUGCUACCCUUUUCUGGCCAAGUGAACAACAGAAAAUCCUUGUGCUGCUGAACAUGUGCCAGGCACAUAUGUAGUAUUAACCAGGCCAAGAUCAUUGAGUGUAGGAAAUAAAAAAGAGAGCAGCAGUCAAAAAUAAAGAGGAAAGCUAGAUGUCAUGUUAGAUUCUCGUUGAUUUAAUAGAUUUUGCUCAUUUCUUAAUGACAAAAAUAGAGAAUCAAAUGUAAAAAGUUGGGAAUUUUGCCUUAUAUUUUGUGUUAACAUAUGCACCAGCAGAGUGACUAGAAUGUAGACACUAUAUUAUUAACAUAAGCUAAGAUUUUUUUUUGUUUCUUUCUUGUAUACUACACUUGUAAACUAAUAUUUCACUUUAUGGACCAUUUUUAACUUACAAUGAAAAUACAUAAUUGAGUAAUAAUUAAGGUUAAUGGAAACAUGCUAACUUUUCCAUGAAAUGAAAACCAAAGUUUCAGUACUAUGUGUGAUGAACAGAAAAAGUAGGGAUUGAAUACUACCCAUGCUAUAGAUGAUUCAAAGUAAGUCCCAGGCUUAAACACUGAAUGUAAUUUGAUUCUUUCAACAAAUAUGGUUAUUUAGUAACCUGUCUAAACAAUGUGUUGAGCCAUCCUUAAGAGUUUUGUAAUGGUAGCAGUGAUUAUCAGUGGCUAGGUCAUUUGUUUAUAGGCUAAUUUAAGGAAUAAUCACAUGCACUAGCAAAGCAUUAAAAUACAUCAGAAGAAAUAUAAGGGUUUAUGGUGCAAUGUUUAAGUUUCUCUUUUUACUAUUUUAUUUCUCUGGUGAUAAACAGAGUGUCUGUUUACUGACAAUUAAAUGUGUCUCUUUUUAAAACAA